AAGAGCAAGAGACCAACCUAAACAACCCUUCUCUAACCCCUCUCUACCUUCUCUACUAAGCCUCUCCAUCUCUCUCACCUCUUCAUAAACACAAACAAAACACAUACCAUCCCCAUUACACUCCCACAAACCAUGUCGGCCUCUCCUGAGCUCGCUCUCCCGCCUAUCGCGACCGCCCGAUCGCAUCCGGUUCAAGACCAGGGAAGGAACGACGCUUCACCGCCGACGGUCGACGGCGACGACAGCGGGGAGUGCCGCACGCCGACUGCAGAAGCGAGUAAGCUCCCCGUGGCCGCGCGAAUUUGCCCGCCGGCCCCGCGGAAGCCCCGGAGGGUGGUGCUGUGCAAGAGAAGGCUUUCGGUGGAUUUUGAGCUCAUCAGUGUUGAAAUGGAGGAGUUGGAGAAUUUGUUUCGGGUAAACUUCGCUGGGAAUUCGAUUAACGAAAGAGAUGUGAAGCGGAGGAAGAUAUGCAUGUCAUCCACUUGAAGAUUAAAAAAGGUCAAACUUUUAUUAUGGUGAUUUAUAAGAUAUGAUAGGUUCACGAACGUGUGUAAGAUAGGGGUUUUUUUCUUUCUUUCUUUUUUUUUUUUUUGGUAUUUUUGUUCUCAUGUGGUAUAGAUAUUUGUAACAUUUAAUUACUGAAGCAGUUGAUAAUGGAAGUUGCAUGUUAAUUAACUUAGUGCGUGGGAUUUAGCAAUGGAGAGGUGAGGAUAUAUAUAUGAUUGUGUUUAAUU